UUCCCAGCUCAUUUCGCUCUCUGUGUCACAUCUUUCUUUGUUGUUUUCUGUGUCCUAAUCCAUGAAAUGUGAGAGCAGUAAGUAUACUUGUAGCUUAACGAAAACUUACCAUAAGGAAGAAGAAAAAGAGGCUUUUUUUAAGCUCUCUGGCCUCUGUUUCACUGACAUCCUCAGCGCCGACACCGCACUGCUUCCUCUUCCAUCACUUGGGAGUUUUUAGGCUUCGACCGAGUCUCCUUGGGUAAGCUCAAAAGAUGCAGCUGUUGCAAAUUUUGGCGUUUCUGGCCGCGCUGCUGUCAUCGUUACAGCAGUGCAGGGCGGCGGAAGCGGUGGCGACGUGCGCCGGCAUCGUCCCGAUGAGGUGGCGGAGAGAGGUGGUAUCGAUCACCGAGUUCGGCGCUGUGGGAGAUGGGAAGACUCUCAACACUUGGUCCUUCCACAAGGCCAUAUACAGAAUCCAGCACCUCAGGAAACGGGGUGGUACUCUUCUCUACAUUCCCCCAGGGGUUUGGCUCACAGGAAGCUUCGACCUCACCAGCCACAUGACACUGUACUUGGCCAGAGGAGCCGUCAUCAAGGCCGCUCAGGAUAUAUGGAACUGGCCUUUGGUGGAUCCUUUACCAUCCUAUGGAAGAGGACGAGAGCUUCCUGGUAGCAGAUAUCGGAGCUUUAUCCUGGGGAAUGGAAUCCGUGAUGUGAUCAUAACAGGAGAAAAUGGAACAAUUGAUGGUCAAGGUGAUGUCUGGUGGAAUGAAUGGAGACAAAGAACUCUUCUUCACACAAGACCAAAUUUGUUAGAGCUAAUGAACUCCAGGGAUGUUCUUGUUUCCAAUGUGGUGUUUCUCAACUCUCCUUUCUGGAAUGUGCACCCUGUUUAUUGCAGCAAUGUGGUGAUAAAGCAUGUGACUGUGUUGGCUCCAUCUGACUCCCCUAACACUGAUGGAAUUGAUCCUGAUUCUAGCUCAAAUGUCUGCAUCGAGGAUUCCUUUGUCGCGACUGGGGAUGAUCUGGUGGCUGUGAAGAGUGGCUGGGACGAGUAUGGAAUUGCUUACGGCCGUCCAAGCUCUGGCAUCACGGUGAGAAGGCUCACUGGCUCCUCACCCUUCUCCGGCAUCGCCAUCGGAAGCGAGACCUCAGGCGGGGUGGAGAACGUCUUGGUGGAGAAUAUCAACCUCUACGACGUUGGCAUUGGAAUCCACAUCAAGACCAACGUCGGCAGGGGAGGCUACAUCAGAAACAUAACCAUCAGCGACGUCAACAUGAACAACGUUCGGAAGGCCAUCAGGAUCGCCGGCGACGUCGGUGACCACCCCGACGAGAACUUUGAUCCCAACGCAGUCCCGACGGUUGAUGGAGUGACGAUCAAGAACGUGUGGGGUGAGGAGGUUGAGCAGCCGGGAUCCAUCGAGGGCAUCAAGAACUCGCCUUUCACUCGGGUAUGCCUCUCCAACGUCAAGCUCUGGGGCGUCGGGGCCUCGCCGUGGAAGUGCACGGACGUCACUGGGGCUGCGCUCGGAGUCAACCCAGGGCCAUGUCCGCAGCUCACCAGCAGCUUUGCAAUGAGCUAUUGCUCGAAUGAUUUCUAAUGUUGGGAGUGCUCUGCGGUCAUCUUGUUCUUCAGAUCUUGAAGAUGGCCACAGUGCUACAGAACAAUACGUACAUGAUUUGCCAAGGAAGUCUCGACUUUGCUGGAACUGUUUCAGCAAAUCAGCAGCGGUGUUCAGCAUGAAGAUUCUGAAGGUAAUAUAAGCAACUGUGUUAAUCUGUUCUUCCGA